CCCAGAAGAUUUCUGGGGAGCGCCCCCUCCACGGGGGUUCCUCCCAGCUCCCUAAUUCCUGGCCCUGCCACUUCCAACCUGCCCUACGGCCUACUGUGCUUGACUGCCCAGGCUUCAGGGCCCUGCCCAGGGCACUGCUCCAGCCCUCAACACCCCCACCGGCCGGGGCGGGGGCGGCGGCUGCGGCUCCACGCAUUUGUCUUCCCAAACAAGAGAAGGUUCCAGAUGUGGGCAGAACCUUCCCCGCCCCGCCCCACCUCGCCUCUCUGGGGGAGGAAUUCAGGGGGCGGAGCGGCCCCCAGCUGAUCCUGGCCAUUAAUAGAGACCUGAGGCACCGCCUGCUAAAAAUACCCGGCUGGAGGCCCAUAAAAGAGCCGAGGGGAGCCCCCCGGAGUACGACACCGCUCUGCACCCUCAACCCGGACGCAACUCAGCACACAGCUCCGCCAGCAUGACUGAGCGCCGCGUGCCCUUCUCGCUCCUGCGCAGCCCGAGCUGGGACCCGUUCCGCGACUGGUACCCGGCACACAGCCGCCUCUUCGACCAGGCUUUCGGGCUGGCGCGGCUGCCCGAGGAGUGGGCGCAGUGGUUCGGCGGCAGCGGCUGGCCGGGCUACGUGCGCCCGCUGCCCGCCGCCGAGGUCCCCGCCGUGGCCGCGCCCGCCUACAGCCGUGCGCUCAGCCGGCAGCUCAGCAGCGGCGUCUCCGAGAUCCGGCACACUGCUGACCGCUGGCGCGUCGCCCUGGACGUCAACCACUUCGCCCCCGAGGAGCUGACGGUCAAGACCAAGGACGGCGUGGUGGAGAUUACCGGCAAGCACGAAGAGAGACAAGACGAGCACGGCUACAUCUCCCGCUGUUUCACCCGGAAGUACACGCUGCCCUCUGGUGUGGACCCCACCCUGGUCUCAUCCUCGCUGUCGCCUGAGGGCACGCUCACCGUGGAGGCCCCGCUGCCCAAGCCGGCCACGCAGUCAGCUGAGAUCACCAUCCCGGUCACCUUCGAGGCCCGCGCCCAGCUCGGAGGCCCGCAGGCCGGCAAGUCCGAGCCGCCGGCGUCCCAGUAGAAACUUGUAGAAACUUCCUGGGCAUCACCCCAGCCCUUCCCCGCACCCACUUGUAUGCUUUUUUGAUACUGUUACCUUCUGGUUUUGCUUGGGGUUUUUUUUGCAAAUAAAGUUGAAAGCAGCUUCUU